GACUGUGUCAUACGCGUUCACAUUUUAAAUUGUCCCUCUGCUGGUGCCGUAGUAAACAGUGAUGGCUUCCUCCGAGACACAGUCGCGUUUCGGCCAAUCUGUUAAAGGUUUAUUGUCUGAUAAAGUGACUUCUUGCAGUGGAGAUGUGAUCGCUCUGACCCGGCAAGUGUUGAAAGGAUCCCGGAGCCAAGAACUCCUCAGUCAGGCAGCGAGAAAUAUGGUAAUUCAAGAAGAUGCCAUUCUGCAUUCUGAAGAUAGUCUACGGAAAAUGUCUAUAAUAACGACCCACUUACAAUAUCAGCAAGAGGCCAUUCAAAAGAAUGUAGAGCACUCCAAAAACCUGCAGGACCAGCUGAGACACUUGAUGAAAUAAUGGAGCUCUUCUGACGUCACACUGUGGAUAUAGCUUACUCUAGUUUUUCAUUUAAUUUUUUUUAACAGUAGAUCACAUCAUUAUUUGUGACUGCAGAUGCAGAAAAGUGAAAAUGCAAAGGUCAUCCUCCUCCUCAUGCAAAUCAUGAAUAAGACCUUUAAGUGAAGGCUUUUCUAUGAGUCCAGUAUUGAUUUUUGUCUUUUUGAAAUGAUAGUGCAAUGUCAAAACAAUAUGAACUGUUUUUGUCUCAUCUUUUUAAGCAUAAAUUUGUGUAAGAACAUUUGCUUUUAGACUUUUAGAUCUUGCAUUCAUUGUACACCAGCUGUACAAAUUGUAUUUUCUUUUAUUUAUGUCUUGGUUUAUGGUCUUAUUAUGUUGUUUGUGCUAAACUUGAAUAUAUUUGUAUAAAAUGGCACAAAUAAUUGUUUCUGCACAUUUUGCUAAUUAUUUUUUGUGUGUAAGCUUGGAGCAACUUUAUUAAAUGUAUGUGGAAAACUAUGGCAAAUGGAUAAAAUGUGUCCUUUGUUGACAUUCAUGUACUGUAUAAUAAAGCUAUCUAGAAGAAUUUACAGAGCUAA